CGAACCUCCGCUUCCCUCCCCCACCCGCCACCCCACCUUCCCAUGGCGUUGGCACGCACCACCCGCCACGGCAACGUGUCAAUGACGCCUCUCGCCCGAUUCAGAACGCACUUGCGUCUAGCGGCUAUCUUCUGCAUGGGACCAAUGACAUUGCCGCUAGGAAGCCACCGCUUCCGCUCAACCGCGCGGCAGGUUCCGCUCAGCCGACGCGUUCCCUUGAGCGCUCAACGGCUCCGACCCGGUACGACUAGCCGCCUUUACUGUAGACGGCUGUGUUUGAGGAACUUCGUGCACACCCGUCCCCCUCAAGGAUCUCUCCCGCCAGGACAGCCAACACGACUGGCAUAAAGGAACAUCUAGUAGUUUUGAUAAGGUUUGAUAAGUGUGCACAAGGGCUC